AGAUGAGCGCCCGCGGCCCCAGGCCCAGGGCGGCGUGGCCGGAGUGGGCGGGGGUCCCGAUGCAGGCCCGAGGGGGGCCAUGGGGCAGGUCCUGCCGGUCUUCGCCCACUGCAAAGAAGCUCCGUCUACAGCUUCCUCUACCCCUGACUCCACAGAAGGAGGGAACGACGACUCGGAAUUUCGGGAGCUGCACACAGCCCGGGAGUUCUCGGAGGACGACGAGGAAGAAACCACGUCGCAGGACUGGGGCACCCCCCGGGAGCUGACCUUCUCCUACAUCGCCUUCGACGGCGUGGUGGGCUCCGGGGCGCGCCGGGAUUCAGCUGCCCGCCGCCCCCGGCCCCAGGGCCGCUCAGUCUCGGAGCCGCGAGACCCGCCCCCUCAGCCUGGCCUGGGCGACAGCUUGGAGAGCAUUCCCAGCCUGAGCCAAUCGCCAGAGCCCGGGCGCCGUGGUGACCCCGACACUGCCCCGCCGCCCGAGCGUCCCCUGGAGGACCUGGGGCUUCAGCUAGACCAGCUGGGCUGGGCGGCCCGGGACGCGGGGUCCGGGGAGGACUCUGCCACGAGUAGCUCCACCCCGCUGGAAGACGAGGAGCCCGACGGAUCGGAGGCUGGAGAGGCUGGGAAAGAACUGGACCUACAACUCGAACUCGCUCAGUCUCCGCCGCACGAAGUCUUGACUCCACAGCCCAGCUCCGGGUCUGGGACCCCCCAGGCCAGUACCCCGUCCCCACCCGGAUCCCGGGAUUCGAACUGCUGGCCUGAUGAGCCGCCUCUGGACCAGAAGGAGGAAGAGCCGUGGAGGCAGCCGGAGCGGGAGCCAAUCACGGGGCAGUGCCUCGAUAGCACAGACCAAUCAGAAUUCACAUUGGAACCACACCUUCUAGUGGCGGACCUGCUGUACUGGAAGGACACGAGGACGUCGGGAGCGGUCUUCACGGGCCUCAUGGUCUCCCUGCUCUGCCUCCUGCACUUUAGCAUCGUGUCCGUGGUCGCCCACGUGGCCCUGUUGCUGCUCUGUGGCACCAUCUCUCUCAGGGUUUACCGAAAGCUGCUGCAGGCCGUGCACCGGGGGGGCGGCACCAACCCCUUCCAGGCCUAUCUGGAUGUUGACCUGACCCUGACUCAGGAGCAGAAGGAACGUUUGUCCCAGCAGAUCGCCUCCCAAGUGGUCUCUGCAGCCACCCAGCUUCGGCAUUUCUUCCUGGUAGAAGACCUUGUGGACUCCUUCAAGCUGGCCCUUCUCUUCUACAUCCUGACCUUCGUGGGUGCCGUCUUCAAUGGUUUGACUCUUCUCAUUCUGGGAGUGAUUGGUUUAUUCACUGUCCCCCUGCUGUAUCGGCAACACCAGGCCCAGAUUGACCAGUAUGUGGGAUUGGUGACGAAUCAGUUGAGCCACAUCAAAGCUAAGAUCCGAGCUAAGAUCCCAGGGACCGGAGCCCUUGCCUCAGCAGCAGCCGCAGUCUCCGGAUCCAAAGCCAAAGCCGAAUGAAGGGGGCACCUCUGCCCGCGGGACGCCUGCCCCCACCCACUGCAGCCCUCUGCCCCACUCAAUCUCCCUUCCAUCCCCACCCUCUCCCUGCCUCCGCCGGAGCCAUUUCCCGGUGGGUGUCAGGAUUACUCACACCAGGGAGUUUCCGCAAAUUGCCUGAGCGGCCAGGACUACAUUUCCCAAGAGGCUCUGCUUUAGGAAUCCAGGAAAGGCGAGGCACCUUGGCUGCGGGGCCUGCUGGGACUUGUAGUUGCCUAGAUAGGGCACCCGCCCUGCACUUCCGAGAUCCGCCGCUGGAGGCGCCGUGAGGGGUUGGUGUCUCCUGGACGCCACUAGCCCCAACGCCGGGGCAUUGCAUGGGGCCCAGGGGAGGCCUGAGCUUGGAUUUACACUGUAAUAAAGACUCCUGUGGAAAACC